AUGGUGCAAUCCUCCGUUCUCGGUUUCCCCCGCAUGGGACGCCUCCGUGACCUGAAGAAGGCCAACGAGGCGUACUGGGCCGGCAAACUUUCACAAGAAGAGCUCCUCGCUGAGGGUAAAAGACUCAGACUCGAGCACUGGAAGAUCCAGAAGGACGCCGGCGUCGACAUCAUUGCCAGCAAUGACUUUGCCUUUUACGACCACGUCCUCGACCACAUCCAGCUCUUCACCGCUGCACCAGAGCGAUACACCAAGCACAACCUCGCACCCAUUGACGAGUACUUCGCCAUGGGUCGUGGCCACCAAAAGGACGGCGUCGACGUCCAGUCCUUGGAGAUGGUCAAGUGGUUUGACUCCAACUACCACUACGUCAAGCCUACUCUUCAAGACAACCAGACCUUCAAGCUCGCCGCGGACCCCAAGCCCGUCCGUGAGUUCCUUGAGGCCAAGGAGGCCGGCAUUGUGACCCGCCCAGUCCUUCUCGGACCCGUCUCUUUCCUCCACCUCGGAAAGGCCGACCGUAACUCGUCCGUUGACCCCAUCACUCUUCUUGAGAAGCUCCUCCCAGUCUACGAGGAGCUCCUCACCAAGCUGAAGGAGGCCGGUGCCGAGACCGUCCAGAUCGAUGAGCCAAUUCUCGUUUUCGAUCUGCCCGCCAAGGCCCRCAACGCUUUCAAGCCUGCCUACGAGAAGCUCACCGCUCUCCAGGGCAAGGCUGGCCCACAGCUCGUUGUCGCCACCUACUUUGGUGACAUCGUCCACAACUUCGACAUUGUCGACUCGGCCCUCACCGGUGCCUACGCUCUUCACGUUGACUUGGUUCGCCACCCCGAACAGCUCAGCAAGGUCGUUGAGCACCUUGGUCCCAAGCAGAUCCUCUCCGCCGGUAUUGUCGACGGACGUAACAUCUGGAAGACCAACUUCAAGAAGGCCAUUGAGGUCAUUGAGACCGCCAUCCAGAAGGUCGGCAAGGAGCGUGUCAUUGUUGCCACCUCCAGCUCGCUGCUCCACACCCCACACACUCUCGAGAGCGAGAAGAACCUCGACGCUGAGGUCCGUGACUGGUUCUCCUUCGCCAAGGAGAAGGCUGCUGAGGUUGCCAUCCUGGCCAAGGCUGUCACCAGCGGCCCAGAGUCGGUCAAGGCUGAGCUCGAGGCCAACGCCAAGAGCGCCGAGGCACGUGCUACUUCCAAGCGCACCAACAACCCAGAGGUCAAGAAGCGUGUCGAGAGCGUGCAAAAGGCCGACUACGAGCGCAAGUCGCCCUUCCCAACUCGUCUUGCUGCUCAGAAGAAGCACCUCAACCUCCCAGAGUUCCCAACCACAACCAUCGGAUCCUUCCCUCAAACCAAGGACAUCCGUAUCCAACGUAACAAGUUCACCAAGGGCGAGAUUACUGCUGAGGAGUACGAGAAGUUCAUCGAGAAGGAGAUCCAGGAAUGCKUCGCAAUCCAGGAGGAGCUUGGCCUGGACGUUUACGUCCACGGUGAGCCAGAGCGUAACGACAUGGUGCAGUACUUCGGUGAGCGCCUCGAUGGUUACGCCUUCACCACACACGCUUGGGUCCAGUCUUACGGCUCCCGUUGCGUCCGUCCACCAAUCCUCGUUGGUGACGUCUCUCGUCCAGCUGCCAUGACCGUCAAGGAGAGCAAGUACGCUGCCAGCAUCAGCAAGAAGCCAAUGAAGGGUAUGCUUACUGGCCCAAUCACUUGUCUCCGAUGGUCGUUCCCUCGUGACGAUGUCCACCAGUCCGUCCAGGCACAGCAGCUUGCUCUUGCCAUCCGCGACGAGGUCGUUGACCUUGAGAAGGCCGGUGUCUACGUCAUCCAGAUCGAUGAGCCAGCUCUCCGUGAGGGUCUGCCUCUCCGUUCCGGCUCUGAGCGCGAGAAGUACCUCAGCUGGGCCGUCGACAGCUUCAAGCUGUCCGCCGCUGGUGUUGAGGACUCCACCCAGAUCCACUCUCACUUCUGCUACUCCGAGUUCCAGGACUUCUUCCACGCCAUUGCUGCUUUGGACGCUGACGUUCUCUCCAUCGAGAACAGCAAGUCCGAUGCCAAGCUCCUCAAGGUCUUCAUCGACGAGGCCUACCCACGUCACAUUGGUCCCGGUGUCUACGACAUCCACAGCCCUCGUAUCCCCGGCGAGCAGGAGAUCAAGGACCGCAUCGAGGAGAUGCUCAAGUACCUCAAGCCAGAGCAGCUCUGGAUCAACCCCGACUGUGGUCUCAAGACCCGCCAGUGGUCGGAGACCAAGGCUGCGCUCCAGAACAUGGUCAGCGCUGCCAAGUUCUUCCGUGAGAAGUACAGCAAAUAG